AUGUCUUGCUCGUUCUUGAAUAUUGUUGGUGGGAUUUGCGGCGCAGACGAACGCACAAGUUCUUCAACUUCCGUCACGCCUCUCACGCGGUGUAACAGGGAUAUCAAAAAUCACAAAAAGUCGUUGAAAUUUUCUGGAAUUGAAACGGAGGUAGAAUUAAUUUUGGCGAGAUGUGGAUGUUUUCAAAAGCCGGCGAAUUUAUCGGAUAUGACUAUCUGUCCGGUUCAUCGUGCCAAGUUAGGUUUAGGUUGGCGAAGGACGGGUAAUCUUUGCACCAUCCUGGAAGUUGUUUCUGGUCACUGCAAGGAGCUGAGGAAGGCACCCGCACUGGAAAAAGGAAUAAAUUUAUUCCAAUCCAUGAAGAUAUUUGAGCUUUCAAAACAGCUCGUCCCUGUGGGCUCAGGUAAGCAACCAACUACUUGAUGUUCUACCAAACAGAAACUGUCUCCAAUGAAUUAUUUUUAGUCUAUUCAUUCUGAUGACUUGAGAUUAUAUGAAAGAAUCAUUUGUUUAAACGACGGAGAAAUAAGUAAGGUUGAUGAAGGACAUUUCGUUACUUAUCUCUUCAUUCAGUUGUCCAAUCCAAUUUUUUUAUAACAACCUUUAUUUCAUGCCUCUCAUUUUUUUAUGGAUUGCGCUUAUAUUAGUGUGUGCACUGUAUAGUGCCCUACCCACUUUGUCGCCAGGUAUGUGAGAGUGAGUGAGUGAGUGAGUGAGUGAGUGCCGGUGUCCGAAAACAAACAGGUCCGCAGCGCGUGCACAGCACUACCCAUAUGUAUACAAUGAGUUCCUAUUUUUUAUCAGUAUCUCUCAGUUCGUACGCGGGGUGUGAUUGGUCAAUUUUGCGCGGCCCACUAAACUUUAACUAGUUUCCAUUCCCGCGCGCCCGAUUGACCUCAGAGACAUAAUGAAUAUCUUACUAACCUCGUUUCACGCUCUGUAACUUACAGUACGCACCUGGAAUUCGGUUAGUAGGGGUUAAUUUACUUUGUUUAAAACAUUUCAAUUUCGUUUCGCAAAAAGCCACUUGAGAAAGAUAUAAACAAUAAACAAAAAAAAAGGAUAGUCUAAUCACAAUGCUACUCCCCCCUUCUUCUCACCUCUUAUCGCGCAGUCAACUUCCGAUUGUUAUUUUAUUCUGUGGGUCGACAAAACUUCAGACUUUUGUGUUUAAAAAAUACGCGCCUUUCGGUAAUUUCGGAGUUUUGACGGGAAUUUGACUAUGUUUUUUCUAAAGGAAUUUGCGUAAAAUGCAGAAAGAUGCUUAGUGUGUAUAAGGAAAGAGCACCUGAGAAAUGCCAGAUGACCGCUGAAGUUUCAGAGAUCGCCGAAACCUUGAACAAGUUAAACCUGGUGAGUAUACGCACAUGCUUUAUUAUAUAAUAUGAAAUACCGGUGGCAAGACACUUUCCCAGUUAUAUCGCUUAUCAGAGACCUUAUAGUCUUUCUGUCAUGUCAGCCCAUCUCUAAACGUUUCUUCAGGCCACCAAUAAGCAUUCAUCCUUUCACUUCACAAAGUCAUACAAACUCACAAUCCAAAAUCAUCAUGACGUCGUUUACGUCUUGAUCUAUUCCCCACACUUUAAAGUAUAUUUAAGGUCUUUUUUUUAAUUUUUAUUUUAUUUGCCGGGGGUGGGUGGGUGGGUGGGAGGGAGGGCAAGGGGCAGGAGAGAGGAGGAUGUAGAUUGGAUGGAUGGCCAACCCUCUCCAUUGUGUAUCUGCAGAAGUAAGAAAAUUAAUUUGUACAUCAAAACCUAAAUACGUUAUAUUACACCAUUUGAAAUCUAAAAAAGCAUGUGUCGAGGAAUGUUAAAUUACUUGUCCUAUGAUAUGUGUCCAUGGCAGCCGAAAUUAGACAGCUCUUAAUUAGAAUUUCGUUAAUUUAAAGUUUAACUGGAAAACUUGGUAAUCCAGAGUCGGAAGCAGGGUUCGUGAAUGAUAUAAGGAAGUCAUAGGUGUUUUAACACUAACUUUACUAGAAAUGUCGAACUGGCCCACGAAUCGUGGGCGAAUCUUUUGUUCAUUGUAUAUAGAAAAUAUUUUAACUUUUUCGCACUACAGGUCGAUCAUGAAGCUGACACUGAUAUUUCCCUUCCUGUACCGAUCACUGAUACUGAAUGCAAAGAAGGUAGAUCUAAACGAGAGAGCCUUUACGUGCCAGACGAAGAUUCGCAAGAAAGCGAAGAUGACAUAAACUAUGUGCAAGGUGAAUCCCUGAAACAGCUCAAUCGCUUUCAACAGCUUCGUGACACCAGCCCAGUCCGCCACGUACUAUCAGUACCAUGGAAUGUAGCUCAAAGCCGUUCUAAACGCCGUUAUUUGAGAAAAGCUGAACAGUGUGCUUCAGCAGUAAUGGAAGUCCUUGCUCCUGAAGAUUCGAAUUGCUUGUGGAGGGAAUUAUGUGAGCGCGAAGUGAAUCGAAGAACAACUGGCGGGAAAAAGUGUAAGGAAGUGGAGCUUCUUCAAGCGUUUGCCGAGAGUUAUUUAAACGCUCAACACUGGAGUACCCGUCGGCAAAUACUCUCAAUCCUGGCUGACAAGUUGUCUUUCAAAGAGGUGCAAGAAUUUAUCCCAACCCUGACAAGUUACCGCUUUGACAUAGCGCGACACCACACCCUGCUUCAUGGAAGAGCAGAACCGAUUCCUCGCCAAGAUAACAGGAGAAUGAAAGUUGACCAAGGAAAAUUGGAAGAUUUCAUUUCAUUUAUCACAAGUUCACAUGUGAUUCAAGAUGUUCCAUUUGGCGAAAGGCUUUUGAAGUUAUCAACCGGUGAGGUUAUUAAAAUACCAAAUGUAAUCAGAAUGAUGAUUCCGGAGCGUAUUUUUCAACAGUACCAACAAUAUUGCAGUGAAAGAGGUUUUGAGCCCAUGAGCAGGCGAACACUGCAUAGAGUGCUAGAUGAGUGUUCUGCGUCUGUUAGGAAGUCUUUUCAAGGACUUGAUAACUUUUCAUCUCAAGGAGCAGAGGCAUUUGAUGACCUGGACAAAGUGGUCGAUAAACUGGUUGAUUGUGGAGAAACAGAAGUGUGGGCCAAGGAAAUGAAGCUACAGUUACGCUCAUCAAAGCAAUACGUGAAAAGUGACUACAAGGUAUUUGAUUUAUUUCAUUACACGGUUUGUUAUGAAGUACUUCAAAAGAAAGGCGCAAAACUGACAGAAAGUUGAUGCAACAACACAGGCAAAUUAUUUUCCUAAAGUUCAAAUUUUUGAAAAUGCAUAAUAUUGAUACUUGAACUAGUUCCAGGUCCUCUCGUGCGUAACUAAGGAAGGAAUUAUUGUCGAUAACCUGUAAGUUAUAUUUAUACAUUUUGCAAACAAAGGGGGACCGUCGGCCUUUUCAAUGUAAUUGUUUUAUAGAAAUAGUAGUUAAGAUCAGGACGAUAAAAUUACUGUAUUUCCUCCGCUAAGUGCCCGGGCGCUGGAUCGAGUCAGGAAGGGGCUCCCAAUAUAGAGGUUGGGCGCUUGUUCCAAGGGCGAUUUACUUAAGAGGAGCUCGCUUAUUGGAGGAAAUGCGGUGAUUGAAAUUGUUUACGUUUUUGUUGUCUUCGGCUUGUUUCAGGUCCAUGUGGUUGAGUCUUCGAGUAUUGCUGAUCAUUGUAGGACUUACGCCUUAAGUGACUCAACAGACUCUGACUUCCAAGGCCACUGCAGUCAUUCACACAACGAAACAUAUGCACAGUGUUGCCAGCUGCAAGAAGUUCUAAGCAUCUUGGAGAGUGAGUGUUCAAGUGCAGUUUGUAACGAGGAGCAGAAAUCGGACAUGCUACACGCUGUUAAGCAGGCCAGAAAUAAUAUCAUGAGCUGGAAAGCCCACCAGUUGCGCUCCGUUCACCAAGAUCAGGCCAAAUGUUCUGUUCUAGCUAAAAUGAAGAGCAAAUGCGACGUGUUACUAGUGCAGGAUUGGGCAAUGAAAUUUAUGCCACGAAAAUUUCGAGAGCCGCAAUCAGACUGGUUUGCUAAGCGCAGUUUACCAUGGCACAUAACAGUUGCUAUUAGGAAGUCGGAAGAAGGCGAGCAGUUUGAGUCUCAAACAUUCGUACAUGUCUUUCAGAACUGUUUACAAGACAGUGCUGUAUUGGUAUCGAUAAUGCAGGAUUGUCUUGUUUCGCUGAAGAAGGAAAUGCCGGAAUUAGAAAGGGCGUUUUAUAAACAAGAUAAUGCCGGCUGUUACCACAGCGGAUACACUAUCGUUUCAGCAUAUUUGCAGGCGACAUUGCUGGCGUGGGCGUGGAACGGAACGACUAUUCCGAUCCUCAAGGUGGAAAAGGAAUAUGCGACCGCCAAGCAGCGACUAUUAAAGGAGACAUUGGAAGAUAUGUAAACGAGGGCAAUGAUGUGACAACAGCAAUUCAGCUCAAAACAGCCAUAGAGUCUGGUCCAGGAUCUUGCGCUAAGGCUAGUUACGUUACAUUCAACCCGUCAAGCACUCGGCACGUCAAAUGGGAUGGUGUAAGCUUACUCAACAACUUCAAGUAUGAGGAGAACGGAAUACGAGCGUGGAGGGAAUUUAAUGUGGGUCCUGGAAAGUUGCUAACGUGGUCUCAGUUUGAAGGAGUUUUGCAGGUCCCGGAAACUCUUGAAGUGGUUGAUCCCCCAUCGCAGAAAUUGAGUACUAAGCCAUCUUUCAAGAAGGUGAGACACAGACAUGUAAAUAAAAAAUCUGCAAGUGAUCCAAACGCAGCCAGUGAUGCCAAUAGCCGAGAACAAGAAGAUGAUGAUGGUGAAAACGAGCAAGCCUCGCCACUUUUCCCAUGCCCCGAGGAAGGGUGCAUUAAAGCAUACAGCCGCUUUGUAUCAUUACAAGCACAUCUAGACACGGGGAAACACAAGCGACUACCUGAACAGGAAACGCUGUACGACAAAGCAAAACGAGGAUAUGCUUCAAAGCUAAUGGAUGAAGGUAGCAGGAUUUCCACUGUGCAGUUACAAUGUGAAGAACAAAACAGCCAAUGCUUUUCGCCCCUUACAAUGGGAUGGGCACUUAAGACAAUCACAAAGAAGACACGUUUUACGCAAAAACAGAAUGAAUUUUUGAAACAACAAUUUGAAAUUGGCGAGCAGAGUGGAAGGAAAGCAGAUCCGAAUGAAGUCUCAAAAAUGAUGAGAUCUUCAAGGGACGAGUUAGGAGCUCGUCGAUUUCUACCAGAAGAAGUUCUAGCAGGACAGCAAAUCACUGGAUUCUUCUCACGACUGGCAGCAAAGAAAAGGCUUCCUCCCAGUACAGUGAACCGGGAAGAGUCGGACGAAGAGACCACUAGAGAAGAUGACAGAGCAUCACAAGAACAGGUAAUCCAAUCUGAAAUCUGUGCGCAAGUGAUGAGAGAGGUUUCCCUUCAGCACCCCAUUGUAUCGUCGUCAGGUUACAACAUCUGUGAACUCAUGCGCAUGGGCAAGAAAAAGCUGAUGUCACUGAGUGUGGACAUGCUGCACAGUAUUUGCAAUGAACUUGGUGUGGACGUCUCUGAUAUAACACAGAGACGAAAGAAUCCGUUUAUUAGUCGUCUUUCAAAGCUUGUAGGCGAGUGCGGCUGUACCUCAUAA